ACCGCAUUUGAUAUCCUCACUGAAUAAAUCAACACUCUCAUUUCCCCUUCACCGUUCAACAACGACGGAGCCGGAGACCGACGCCGCUGAGAGCUCCGCGAUGCCUGCGAGGGCGUCGAGUUCCGGCAAGAAUUUGAUGCUUCCGGUAUCGGAUCCUCCGCGGGACCAAGAGCUCGACCGUCUCAUCGGAGACGACGGCGAUGACGUGGUGGAGGAGAAGCUCUUCAAAGGAUCCGCCAUGUCCCGACGUGGCGCCUUCGCUGCCGUCUCUUACAUGGCCUGUGCUGUGCUGUUGGUGAUGUUCAACAAGGCAGCUCUCUCUUCGUAUCGAUUCCCUUGUGCAAAUGUCAUUACACUCUUUCAGAUGCUAUGUUCAUGUUUCUUGCUAUAUAUGCUGAGACGCUGGAAGAUGAUUACUUUCACAGUUCGGGAAUCUCCGGCCUUUUCUGAUAGCAACACCAUAACACUUGUACCAUUGGCGACUUUGAAGAAAACAUUUCCUCUUGCCGGAGCCUAUUUGCUAUACAUGCUAACCUCCAUGGAGUCUGUCCGUGGAGUGAAUGUUCCAAUGUACACCACCCUCAGAAGGACUACAGUGGUUUUCACAAUGGUGAUGGAGUAUUUUCUGGCUGGACAGAGAUAUACAUCUCCUAUUGUUGGAAGUGUUGGACUGAUUGUUCUUGGUGCAUUCAUUGCUGGAGCUCGGGAUUUGUCAUUUGAUGCCUAUGGCUAUGUUGUUGUCUUCUUAUCCAACAUCGCAACAGCAAUAUAUCUUGCAACUAUAGCCCGUAUUGGGAAAUCCAGUGGCCUUAAUAGUUUUGGCCUUAUGUGGUGUAAUGGAAUUUUAUGUGGACCAGCUUUGCUUGUAUUGACUUAUUUUCAUGGUGACCUGAAGAUGACUGUUGAUUUUCCUGAUCUGCUGUCACCUGGUUUCAUGGUUGUCUUGCUCUGUUCCUGUGUACUGGCAUUCUUCCUGAAUUAUUGUAUAUUUCUUAAUACGACUCUAAAUUCAGCUCUAACGCAAACUAUUUGUGGUAACUUGAAGGAUUUCUUUACCAUUGGACUUGGCUGGGUGGUAUUUGGUGGCCUUCCAUUUGAUCUUUUGAAUGUUAUUGGACAAGGUCUCGGAUUUCUUGGUUCUGGAUUGUAUGCCUACAAUAAGCUCAUAGGGAAGUAACAUAAUCAAUGGAUGGCUAGUUUUCUCCGUUGAAAAUGAUUAGAAGCGAUUUAUUGAUUCUUGAAGGGAGAGUGACUCUUAAAGAUAGGAGAUUUCUCCUCAGUGGAUACACAACUAUCGACUGGAAACCAAGCCUUGCUUCUAAAGGGGGUUAUCAAUUCUUCUACAGGAUAAGCACUAGAUUAGAAACAAUGAUGGCAAGUUAGUGUUGCCGGCUAGAGUAAUUUGUUUAGGCUUGAUAUUGUAUAUGAUUAUUCUCUGAGAAAGAUAAAUUAUAUGCUAAAAUUUUGAAGAUAACCA